AAUGAGUUCAUCUUCGGGAGCUUGUCAUUGCGAAAAACCUACUAAAAUGCUUAUAAAUUCAAACUCUCAACAAAAGGAGGAUGAAUUUAAAUGCAAAUCAUGCCAUAGAUUUAUUCACGCCUGUUGUCUGAAAACUCAGAGACCAAAUCAGCUAUUUGGAGACACGUUUUUUGAUUUCACUUGCUCAAAGUGCUCAGCUGAUGGGACAGAAAUAUUUAAGAGGGUUACAAGUGACGUUCAUUGCCUUAUACAAUAUGACAAUACAAUGGCCUUAUCGAGAAGUAAGAGUAAAAAUUGGCAAGGAACUGUAUCAGGAAUUCUGUCUAGUCAAGCCCCCACUCACUUUACUUCUGGAAAUUCAGGAUGGUGGAGGCUAACCAAGCUAGUGGAUCCACCUCAAAAAAUCCCUACCAAAGGACGUAGACGAGCGCAGUUAUUCGAUACAAAUAAUAUUUUAGAGGAAACAGUAAGACGAAGAAGAAAUAAAGGAGGCUUGAAAGCUGCCAUGGAAAGGAAAGAAAAGGAAAUUGAAUCGGUUUUAGGAAAACGCCGUAAAAAUAGACCUGCUACCAAUCAGAAUAUCAAGACAGAAAUUGAUACACCAGACCAUCAAAGUAUUUCAUCGUUUGGAUCGGACACAUAUCUCAGCGAAAAAGAUAUCUUCAAUUCGGAACUUCCUGAUAAAUUAUUUAAAGACGAUAGUGAUAACGAUGAACAAGAGAUUUGCGAUGUUAUGGAGCCUUCCAAUUCACUUUCAGUCACUGGAGCUGUUUUGGGGAGCGAAAGAAUUGAACAAAAAUCUGCAAAAAUUUCAGUUCCAGACGAAGUUAAGAGUUCAGAGGUAAUUUCGAAAAAAACUGAACGCUGCGUUGCCAUGACACCUUAUGAUGAAAAACAAUUAUUAAAUUCUUUGGAAGAGAAUAAUGGAAGCGUUGAAAGUUUACCCGUAGCACGUCGUCUUCGUGCUAAACUUAGGCUUAGGCAGCUUAAAAGGGAACGUGGUUUGCCAAUUUUUGAUAUAGAUUCUAUGAUAGAGAAUGAGGCUAGGAAGAGCAAUAAGCCUACCCCUGAGAAAAGAGUACUUGAUCGAUAUCAAACUAUGGCAGGAAGAAAAGAAGGACACGAAGAAACAUCAUUUAUAUCGAAGUUAAUUGGGGAAGAUAGGCCUAAGCGUGUUCGGAGCUCAAGGGGUCAUCUACUUAAACCAUAUAUAUUCAGAGAUGAACAUAGCCGUCCUCCACGUUUGGCCUUGUUAGAAGACAUUAUUGCUUAUGGCCAUCGUAAUGAUCCUCACUGGAAGCCAUCAGUUAAAUCCUCGAUAGAUUAUCAAUAUUUUUCCGAAGAUUGCUUAAAGGAAGUAAACAAUCUCUUAAGAGAAUUUUUCUGGCCGGGAAUAGAUGUUAGUGAAGCGUUAGAUUAUCCGGAAUACUCUGUUGUCGCACUAUACAAGAAGGUCGUAAUAGGAUGCGCCUUUAUCGUUCCAAGUGUCAACGUAAAUGAAUCAUACAUAUCUUUUAUUGUAACAAGGCCUGGAUGGCAAAAGUCAUCAAUAGGAACUUUUAUGCUUUACCAUUUAAUUCAAAGUGUUUCCGGACAAGAAGUGACUCUGCAUGUUUCAGCAACAAAUACGGCAAUGAUACUUUAUCAAAAGUUCGGCUUUAAAGUGGAUAAACUAAUUCUUGAUUUUUACGAUAGGUAUCUGCCUAUAGACAGCCCUCAAUGCAGAAACGCUUUCCUCCUUCGCUUAACAAGGUAG